GUCGCCGUCGUCGUCGUCGUCGUUCCCCCCCGUCUUUCGUGCAACGGAGUUUUCAAACAUCGCGACGAGUCGAAUAAGAACACGGUGUAAAACGGCGCGAUAUUAUCUUCGCGCGCAUAUCGGUGACAACUUCUUCGCGUUUCUCUCGUGCCUUUAAUUUUCGGAGAAGAACAUCGUCGUCGUCUCUCUUCCUCGGUUCGUCGAUGCUCCGUCACGGUCAUCGUCAUUGAGCAAUCUCGUGGGAGAGGAAAGUGCCGCGCGAUUUUUGGAGUAAUCCGCUGCCGUACGCGAAUUGUGUCUCGCGUACGAAAUUCGUGUGGCUUGGCGCAUAUGUGUGUGCGUGCGUGUGUGUGUGUGUGUGCGUGCGAGCGAGCUAACCUAUUUGCAUCAAACGCAAAUGGUGCGUCUGAAAGCUUUGUGCUCGUUGCUGCAUGAGUAACACUCGUGUCGACCGGAUCGUCAGUUUCAAGGAUUUCUUAUGGAGGAUAGUCGAGUGUGAUAGUUACUUUUGACAAACGGAGGAAUCGGGGAGAGAUUCUCGAGGAGAGAGAGAGAGCAGCGGUCCUCCAACGAUUCUGUUGCCAGCAGACGAGAUUCCCUCACAGAUGUUUACAUUGACAUAUCUCUAGUGACUUUGCUUCACUACAAUCAGACACAAUGCUGAUCAUGUAGCACAAAUUGACUUCACACACACAUAUCUCCCAGCAGACCAUGCAUGACAAGGUGUAGAAAAUUUGAUUCACAAUAUAAUCACAAUAUUUAAUGCUCGGUGUAUAUUUUGGCGCCACUUUUCAACCAGACACCAUCAGCCUUAUAAAAAACAAAUACUGCAUUCUCUGCAGCAAAGGAACCAAAAACCAAUCACUCAUUAAUCUUCAUUCAGUGAAGAUGAGCAGUAGACUUGAAGAAACGGAGCAAAAAUGGACUUGCGAGUACUGCACUUAUGAGAAUUGGCCCUCCUCCUUAAAGUGCACCAUGUGUAGAGGCGCCAAACCUCUUUUAGGCGAGGAUAUCUAUCGUCUUCGUGAUCCCAGUCCUCAAAGAGGCUCGUCCAAUGUGGCUUCUGGUCCUGUGCCGCAAAUAAGUUCCACACAAGAUAAUUUUAUCUCCCAAAAUUAUAGUCAGAAUCUUCCUUCAGGAGGAAAAUGGGCUUGCAACAUGUGUACGUAUCUCAAUUAUCAAAACACAGUGCGCUGCGUUCAGUGUAGCAAUCGGAAACCGUUGGGUAAUCAGUUGGUCAACUCUCUGGCAUCAAAUUUGCACGAACAUUUAGCGCCACUGCGACUGGCUGACGGUCCGCCGAACUUGGGCUCAAAUUCUCAACUAAACCCCUCGCCGAUUAAUCUUCACCCCGAAAGAUUACAAUACAAUAUACAUCCAGAAAAAUGGUCCUGCCACGUAUGUACUUACGAGAACUGGCCCAAAGCAACCAAAUGUGUCAUGUGUGGCCAUUUCAAGGAAAAAGAUAGAAGAGACAGAGGAACGCAAGGAAAUGUGGGAAUAAUUUUACCGAGUCCCGAGAGAGAACACGGUCAAAGAAGCAUGCCGUCACCGCCGCAUCAAACUUCGCCUUAUAUUCAUCAGACACAGAGGGAAGAUAAUUUAGCGAUAGGAAGAAGGAAUUCACAUAGAUAUACCGAUAGCCGGAACGACAGUUUAUCAACUCCUCAAUCCCCGAAUAACUGUGAUUAUGAGCGUCGAUUGAAACAGCUGAGACGCCACACCGACUGGUGUUGGCUAAACGCUUGUCUCGGUAUCGUCGAGGGUGAUAACACACCUGUUGAAGCUUAUCUGGCAAGCGGUGGCAAUCCCGCCCGUCAAUUGACGCAUUCUGAGGUUUUGCUUCUCAAUAGAAGCAGCGCGUUUGAUGUCGGACACACUUUGGUGCAUCUGGCUAUUAGGUUUCAAAGGGAAGAUAUUUUGGCAACAUUGCUGUCGCAAAUCGAAGGUUCGGGCUCGGGAGUGAAGAGGGUUCCGAGUUACGUCGCGCCUGAUCUCGCGGCUCAAAUUCGCCGACAUGUCACCAAUAGCAUACGCUUACGCAAAGGCUCAUUUCCUUGUUAUUUUGUCACCGAAAUGACUACUUUCGCGCUGCCAGCUGAGGUUGAGGAUCUACCUAGUAUUGUGCAAAAACAGAUGCUGGAAGAAUUGUUAGACAAGGAAGCUCAACAGCAAUUGGAAGGCGGUGGUGGGGAACCGCCUGCUCUAAAUUGGUCUUUAGAAAUUACUGAACGAUUAGGCAGUCGUUUGCACGCGCUCUGGAACCGAUCGGCGGGAGAUUGUCUCUUAGAUUCCGCCAUGCAGGCCACUUGGGGUGUCUUCGACAGAGACAACGCUCUAAGAAGGGCGCUCGCUGAUACUCUGCAGCAAGCGGGACAAUUCUUUUAUCCUCGUUGGAGAGAGUACGAAGCCUCGCAAGCGGCUAGGAUGUUAGAUUUCACUCUAGAAGAAACGCAAUGGCAAGAAGACUGGGAGAGUUUGUUAGCGACGGCAGCUCAGCCCGGCAGCGCCUUAGAACAAUUGCAUGUUUUUGCUCUCGCUCAUAUCUUAAGACGACCUAUUAUCGUUUAUGGAGUUAAAUACGUCAAAAGUUUCCGCGGUGAAGAUAUAGGCUAUGCGAGAUUCGAGGGUGUUUAUCUUCCGCUCUUAUGGGAGCCUUCGUUCUGCAUCCGUUCGCCGAUCGCGUUAGGUUACACUCGCGGCCACUUCACGGCGCUAGUGCCAAUCGAGCCGUACGCGUCGUCCAGAAUACCGCCUAUCGCGCCUCACGGUGUGAGCGGUAACAACAGCCCGCUCGAGCAGUUACAGAUUCAGAUGCAGACGACCUUCAUGCCGCUGAUGGAUCGCGAGCACAAGCUUCUGCCGAUACAUUUUCUCACGGCGGAAGAGAUCGGCCGCGAGGAGUCCAUCUACAAGGAGUGGCUGGACGUUUGCAGGACCGAGAGUGGGAUUCUCGUAGCGCAACAAAAGCUUCACAAAAGACCGCUGCUUGUCGCGCAAAUGCUGGAGGAAUGGUUGAACCACUAUCGUAGAUUAGCUCAAACUAACGAAGCGCCCUUUUCGAGACCACCCACACUGCAGGAUUACAGCAGCGACGGCGAUACCGAAGACGAAUAGUAUAGUAAUAAUUGCAAGAGUAAAGUGUUGUGACUGACAUGAGAAGCGUCUCUCUCACUCUCUCUCUCUCUUUUUCUCUUUCUGUUCUCGAAAGUUGAGUUCUGAUCGAAAAUUUAUUAAAAAGGCUACAAUUACGAGGUGAAAACUACAAUACAUACAUACGUGAAUUUUACUUAACGUUUCUCUUGAGUAUAACCGGAUACAAAGAAAACAAAUUUACUACGUCCAUACAUAUACGUAUAUAACAUAUAUUCUCUCACUGACAAUGCAUCGUUAAAAAGAAAAAAAAAAGUCGAAGACUGUCACUGAAUACUGCGUUACAGUAGACUCGAUGUAAGUAUCGUAGAUAUAGGUAAGUUUUUUUCCCUUUACAAUUAUGUUUACUAACUCUGUUCGUCUUUUUCCACAUUAUAACGCAUGAGCAGUCACUCAAAUUGCGUAGCUCGCAAUAUUGUAAUCUCUUUUAGUUUAUAUCUAAGGAUUUAUGUUUAUAAAAAGUCUCAGAAGAGUCUCUCACUCUCUUCGACUCGUAUAUCAAUAGUCUACUGUAAUGCAUCGCAGUGUGCAUCACCGAAUGUAAAAAAAAACUUGCGAAGUUUGAAUCGAAUUUGUACAAUAGACGCAUCAGGUUUGUAACCAAUCCUCAAAUAACUCUUGUUCGAAAACUCGCAAGAAUUUUGUGUUACUAAUAACAUUGGGGUAGAAAAUUAAAUGAUUAACUGAUUAGAAAUGAAAAAAAAACAAUUGAAAAAAUAAAAGAAUUGAAAAUAUAAUAUAUUUCAUUUAUUGUAUAUUUGUUAUAGAAAUUGUUUUCAACGGUUGCUUAGUGGUGAUAAAAGAAAAAAAAGAUAAACUUCUUUGUUGAAGAGAUUAUUUUUAUCCAAACAAAUUGUUAAUUAA